GCUGAUUUAACCUAUUCUGUGACUCUACACUAGUUCUCGGCUACACACGUUAUUUGACCAAAUGCCAACUAUCGGUAAGACGGUCAAUUCCUAUGUAGAAUUACAAUAUUUUACUGUAAAAUAAGUAUUUUCAAUAUUAAUACUAUUCUGUUUUCAACCUGAUAUACAAUUUUCUUUUUACCCACGUUGCAUAUCAGAACUAUAUUGAGUGCGUCUUUCAAACAGCAAAAUGAAUAUUUUAAAUUGUUUACGAGUUAAAAUAAAUUCUUCAAUAAUUAAUUCAGUAAAAAGGUCGCAUACAAUGUGCGACCGAGCUUCAGUUAUUCACAACAAACAUCACACGUUGCUGUCUUCUAAUAAGUUACCCGUGCAAGUUGUGUCCAAUCGAUGUUUUAUGAAGAAGAUGGGUUUAAAACCUAUUUACGAUAUGUACAACAAAAAAGCUGCAAAAGAUGGUGUUUCACCUACAGAAUAUGUGCUUAUUUACCAGGGCACGGGUGAAGUAUAUGUUCGUUGGUUGAGUGGAAUAGUAGUAUUUGCAAUGGUAUUUGUACCAUCGGUUUUCAUUUUUACCUAUAUGUAUACAAUGUUUACAACAGAGAGAAUUGAUUUGAGAACUUAUUUAGAUUUAAUGUUUAUUCCUAAUUCAGGAUUAGAACUUGCAUUCAUGGUACCUUCAAUAUUCUUAAUGAAAAUGGCUUCAUACAGUUUUAUUUCUAAAUAUGUGUUGAGAAUUUAUAGACAUAAUGUCAGAGAACAGUACAUCAGUGUAUACAUAAAUCCAGUUUUACCAUGGAAAAAUGUAAAUUGUUCAUUUGAAAAGGCUAUUAAAUUGCCUAAUAGCAAAAAUUUUAUUAUUCCUUGGCAUAAAGAUUAUUAUAGAAUUGCUGGAUACAAAUCAAUAAUUUUAAAAGAAAGAUUUAGAAGACCAAUAGAUUAUGAACGAAUGCUUGGUUUAGUGAAGACUAUGGAUGAUUAAAUUUUUAACAGAUAUCAUUUUUGUUUAAAUACAUUUUAUAAAUAAAAAUGUGUACUAUUUUA